UAGCUGCAUAAUGUUUCUACACUAAAUCCAAUACCAGUCCACUACACACCGAGUCUGUAGAUCUGUAGUGUGUUUGCUAUGGCAUGAAGAUCUGUCCCAGACAGAACAGGACAGCAACUGCUGGACACACUGCACAUGCUGUUAGCUGCUGCAGUAGAGACAGUGCUGUGACUCUGCGGAUCAUCCUGUUGGGCCGGACCGGUUCCGGUAAAAGCUCCACAGGGAACACCAUACUGGGAACAUCCGUGUUCCAGAGCGACAUCUCUCCAGUGUCCAUCACUCAGCAGUGUGUACGAGGCUGUGGUGAGGUGGAGGGGCGGAGCCUGCAGGUGAUUGACACCCCAGGAUUUUUCCACACUUGUAUGUCUUCAGAGGAGGUGUGUGGUGAGGUGGCACAUGGCAUGGUGGAGCUCUCUGUUCCCGGACCUCAUGCACUUCUGUUGGUCCUCAAACCAGGAAAGGUAACGGCGGAGGAGCACAUGACUCUGGAGUGGAUCGGCACCGUGUUGGGUUCGGCGGCCAUCAAACACACCAUCCUCGUCCUCACGCACGCUGACCAGCUGCACAACAAACCAGCACAGAGCUUUCUGCAGGAGAGCAAGGAACUCUGGGAAUUCUUGCAGUUAUGUGAGGGCAGGAUUCACACGCUCGACAACACGAGGAACGAAGACCGAGCACAGGUCAGCGAGCUGCUGGAGAAAAUCCAGGCAAUGGUGGAGAGGAACGAGGGGAAGUGGUACAUGUGUGAGCGCAGGAUCCUGGAAGAAAAGGAGCCGAAAAGAGAGAGAGGAGAGGAGGAUAAAGAGAGGAGGAAGAGGGCAGAGCGAGAGUUCUGGUGCGAGUUAGUGACUGCCAUGGGGAAGGGGGCGCUGGAGAGCUCUGGAGUUCUUGACAAAGGGAAAGGGAAAGGGAAAAAGAGCAAAGUGGUGCAGAGGGCGGCGGCUUUAGCGUCCACGCCCCUUUCGGUGACAUCGGCUGCUAAAAUGGUGGGCGGGGCCAUGAGGGAGGGGAGCAAAGUGCUGUACAAACAUCGUAAAACACUGCUGCAGUGAGUCCAGCAUCGGUCCAGCAUCAGUCCACACUGUAGCUGUGUAAUGACCAAACACCUCCGUCUGGACUCUGUGUGUGUGUGUGUGUGUUAGUCAGGUCACACACAGUGACACUGAUGAAGAUGUGUUGAACACAGGAGAUGAUGUAAAGCACCAACAUCAAAUAAUAAUACACACAUCUGAUAAGAAACAUAACAGUGUGUGUGUGUGUGUGUGUGUGCGUGCGUGUGUGUGUGCGUGCGUGUGUGCGUGUGUGUGCGUGCGUGUGUGUGUACGCUCUGUGGAUAUUGUAGAGGAUGUGUAGAAGUGUGUAACUCUUUACUGCUUCAUCUCCAUGUGUUUGUAUUGUGUGACAAUUGUAUUAUAGGUAAAUUUCUCCUCUAGGAAAGGAGUGGUCUGAGGAGUGAGAUGGAAUUAUCUUCAUAAUGUUAUUACAUCGUGCCAAAUAAACACAAAUAAACACAAAUAAACACAAAUAAACAAACCCGCACACAGUGCAGCAGUGCAUUCUGGGUAAAAGUUACUGCUGGAGUUUGCAGUGAUGAUGAACUC